AUGACUGCGUCCGAUCUCGAGCAGCUGCUGGAAAUGGGCUUCGAGAAGGAACGGGCAGAGCUUGCUGUGUCAAAAACUGGAGGAUUACAAGCUGCCCUUGAGUGGCUAGAAGCGAACCAAGACAAGUCACUGGACGAAAUCAAGUCUGCAGCUACAAAUACAACCGAGGAAGAAGGAGCUCCAGCUCUUAAAGAAGGCGAAGAACCUCGAAGCCUGGUCUGCAACGAGUGUGGCAAGAAAUUUAGAAGCCAAGCACAAGCCGAGUUCCAUGCAUCAAAGACGGAGCAUACAGACUUCUCCGAGUCCACGGAAGAGAUUGCACCACUGACAGACGAGGAAAAGAAGGCUAGACUUCAAGAGUUGCGGGAAAAGUUAGCUGCGAAACGGGCCGUACAAUCAGAGCAGGACAAGGCGGAUCAAAAGAGAAAUGAGGAAAUUCGCCGGAAGCACACCAAGGAAUCUCAAGAUAUUAAGGAAGAACUGCAGAAGAAAGAACGGAUCAAGGAAGCUGCACAGAAGAAAAAGGAAAAGCAAGACGAAAUAGACGCCAAGGCUCGUAUUCGAGCCAAGAUUGCUGCAGACAAGGAAGAGCGACGAUUGAAAGCUGAACGGGAAAAGGCCGAGCGAGCCGGUCAAGCUCCUCCGCCUCAACCUGCAGCACCUGUCUUGCCAACUACUUCCGGUGCGGUGACUUCCAAACCAGCCUCAGCCUACACCGAAACUCGUCUACGCCUACAGACGAGCAAGGGCAAUAUUAUGAAGACAUUUCCUGUUGAAACGACGUUAUUCGAAGUUGUGGCAGCGCUCAACAAGGAUGAUGGAGUUGAAGUACACAGUUUCACUCAAAAUUUCCCUCGAAAGACCUUCGAUAGUGAAUACUUUGGAGAGUCACUUAAAGACUUGGGAUUGACCCCAAGUGCUAGCCUUGUCGCGAAAUAA